UAAGCCACUAUGAAAUGGGAGAAGUUAAAACCUCCAGAACCUGACGAUCCAAUGUGUUGCUGUGAAUGCGACAUAUUCCAGAACGGGUGUUGUUGUGACUGUGAGGAUCUGAAUGAGGCCUUCAACAGAUGGCUGAGAGACAAGGCGCCAAAGAGUGGAUGCCAUUCAUUUCUACUGGUAGCCUUAAUUGACAACUUGGAGAUCUCCCUGGUUCCUGCACUGGUUCUUCUGCCACUCCUGAUACGUGUGGCGGCGCUGCACUAUCUGCUAGGUAUCAUGAUCCUAACGGCUCUACCUGGCUUGGUGCUAUGGCUCUACUAUGCCACCCACAAAAGGAAAAGACGCACGCUCUUCUUCCUCACCCUGGCGCUCUACUCUCUCGCCUACAUGUAUUACCUCUUCAUCACUGAGAUUUUACCUCGUGGAGAUGUGAGUCAGGGGCAACUGUGCACUGUGACCACUGGGAUGAUCUUCACAAUUGUCUCUCUGGUUCGGACCAAGAGAGGCCCGGGGAUUGUCAGUAGCACACCACAUGAGGACAUCAACGGUUCAUCACAUCUUACUGUAUCAGUGCUGUCAGAGGCCUCCUCACCUCUCUCAGAAUCAAGACCUGUGGGAAAAUGGAGCCGCUGUUCUAUUUGCAAAAUCCUACGACCACCUCGAGCGGGACACUGUAGAACAUGCGGAGCAUGUGUACAUCGCCUGGACCACCACUGUGUCUGGAUAAACAGUUGUGUAGGACAGGGUAACCACCGCAGCUUCCUGUUGACUCUGUGUGUGUUCCUGCUGACAUCUCUGUACGGGAUCAGUUUGGUGCUCCGCAGCCUGUGCCCUCAACAGUAUCUAGUCAGCGCACUCUUCUACUGCCCUGGGGUCUACUCUCAAACCAGCUCAGCAAUCUGCUUCACCUGUGCCUGGUACAGUGUCAUAGUUACAGGGGGGCUGCUGUACCUAUUGGUGUCACAAGUAGUGAAUAUCAGCUUCAACGUGACCGAGCGAGAAGCUCAGCUGGCCCUGAGGAACAAAACGGCUCGAAGUCGUCUGUGGGGGCUCGCCAUCACCACGGGAACAUAUUCACGGGGCUUCUACCAGAACUGGGUUGACUUCCUCACUAUGGCUGAUGCCAUGGCAGGAAAGUGGUACCUGAUCGGUUUUGCCUCAAAUGACCAAUGGUUUGUCCAACACCGUGAUGGCAUGAAAAUGGGCACAGCCAUGCUCAACCCGACUCCAGACGGUGACCUGGAUAUUUCAUAUGCAAGUCUAAAAGCUGAUGGAACAUGUUGGAGAAUGAACAACCUUGCCAAGAAGACUGAUGUGCCUGGAAAGUUCACAUACACAAGUUGGGGGAAUGAAAAUGACCUGCGUCUGCUGGACGUCAGUUACGACCAGUACGCCUUAACACACACCGUUAAGACAGAAGGGGGUAACCCCACUGUUGUAAACAAGCUAUAUGGUCGUGGAGUGGAUCUCAGCCCAGAUCUGCUGGAGAAAUUCAGGCAGUUCUCUCUACAAACCGGAAUUCUACCUGAAAACAUUGCGUUCCUCCCAAGAAAUGGUGAGUGCACAGCUGCCUAGCUUCCUGCAAACGUCAGCUCACCUCAAUGAUGUAGUCGAGACAAACAGAACGUGUAAAAAUGUGUGCUAAUAAAAAGUGAAAGCUGAAAUACUUUGGUUUUUUUUAUUACCUUUU